AUGUCUGCUCGUUCCGCCACCCCUGCCUCGACACCUUCGCUCGUCAACCGCCGCCUCGCCUCGCUGCUCGUGGUCCUCGAGGCUCCGCCGACCGCCGACGCCGCGCUCGACAUGGUCGAAGAGUGGGCGCAGGAUUUGUCGCCGCUCGUCCUCGCCUAUCGCAAGGCCCUGGGGGCCAUCCGCGAUGAGGAGACGGAGCUGCGCGUCGCCGCCGCCGUCAAACAGCUCGCCGAGCGGGCGCCGGAGUCGUGGGUCGAGUGGGCGCGCGGGGACUGGCCCGAGCUCGCGACCGCCAUCGAUGCCGAGGUCGAACGACGCCUCGAAGAGCAGAAGCGCCUCGCCGAAGAGGAAGCACGACGCGUCGAAGAGGCCGCGAAGCGUGCGAAGGCCGCCGAGGAACGUCGCCUCGAAGACGAACGGCGUCGAAAGGACGAAGAGGACCGUCGGAAGCAGGCCGAAGACGAGCGUCGCGCACAAGAGGCCGCCGACGAAGAGUUGGCGAGGAUCGCGGCCGCCGAAGGACUCCUUCCCGACCCUGCGCCUGCCGGUGUCGACAAGGGUAAAGGGCGCGCGAGAGUCGAUGACGAGGUCACCGAGUUGUCGGACGACCCCUCGGUCAAGACUCCUCGGACGCUCGAGCGUCCUUUCGCAAUGACGGAGGUCGAUAUGGCCGCCGUUGCGCUUGAGAAGCGCCAGUCGGGACAGAA